AAUAACUUCCAACUUCCAAUUCCUCCAAUUCCCAAAACCAAAUCCCAACUUUCACUAGUCAACCAAAUGGAUUCAUUCUUCGGAAGUCAAUGCAACCAGUACUCCGACCAGUGGUCAUCCUACGAUUCGUCAAUGAUAUCCUACGGCGGAGGAGCAGCGGCGGAUCAGGAUCAGGAUCAGUACCGGCUGGCGGCGGAGGUGCCGAAGAAGAGGGCGGGGAGGAAGGUGUUCAACGAGACGCGGCACCCGGUGUACAGGGGCGUGAGGCAGAGGAACGGCGACAAGUGGGUCUGCGAGCUCCGCGACCCCAACACCAAGACACGUGUCUGGCUGGGGACCUACCCGACCCCGGAAAUGGCGGCCCGGGCUCAUGACGUGGCGGCCCUGGCAUUCCGCGGGAAGUCCGCCUGCCUCAAUUUCGCGGACUCUGCCUGGCGGCUCCCAGCCCCUGCUUCCACCGAUGCCAAGGACGUCAGGAAGGCCGCCGCCGAUGCUGCGGAGAUGUUCCGCCCGGCGGAGGCGCAGGAGGGAUACUAUUGCUCGGCCGGCGAAGAUGAUUGCUCCGGUGGCAGUAGUGGCGGGAAUUGUAAUUACGAUUACAGCUGGAAUUACGAUGGUAAUGGGGGUCAUUACGUGGACGAAGAGGAAGUGCUGCAGAUGCCGAGGCUGCUGUCGGAGAUGGCGGAAGGGCUGCUGCUGCCUCCGCCGCCGAGCUAUGGGAUGGAGGAGAGUCACGGUGAUCAGUGGAGCUACGGGGAGAGUUCCAAUAAUCAUCAGGAUUGGUCGCUGUGGAACUAAUUCUUACAUUGCGGCCACGAUCUGUUUGCUUGGACAAAUUCUGCUACCAAGUUGUAGAAACUAGAAAAGUGCUUGCUUGAUUUUGAGAAUGAGUACCUUUUUUGUGCCGAUGUAGUAAUUUUUGCUGCUUUUCUUUUCUUCUUCUUCUUUUGGGGUUUGACAAUCGAGCGUUGCAAUUGUUGUAAUGUGCAAAGCAAUGUGAAAUAUAUAUUUAUUUAUCAU